AUGACUGGCGCCGUCAUUGCAACCAGCACCGACGCUCGACCGUCCUUGACGUCCGUCGUCGCUCACGGCGCACCUAAACAGCCCAGCCGACACCAGCAACCCCACCUGCGAGGGUCAACACCCAACAAGUCCCGCACCGUCUUGGGCACCAUUACGAACACCUCGAGGUGGCAAGGUCAAAACUCAAGUGCAACAGCCAUCAAGUCGUUGGUCAUUUCCAAGCCGUUCUUACAGCAACCCCACAGGGAGGUCGUUCGUCGAGAUGGGUCCAACAACGUCACGGACUCCAUUCUCGUGAGUGUACUCAUUCGAUAAGCCUCGCCCUUACUACCCGUAGCUUAAACUUGGCUCACAUUUCGCAGAUUCAACCCGAUCUGAGAUUGCCGGCUUCGCGAUCAAUGGACCUGCCUUCCGUCGCCAAAGCGAUUCUAACACCCAAGAACUCGUCCAAACGUAGCAGCGUAGGUACAGUACAGCCCAACGAUCCUACUCGGACCUUGAUCGCAUCUUCGGAACGGGACCGUAUCCACGCACAAACUUUGAAAUGGCCCAGCUCGGCUUCCAAACUCGAUCAGCGGAGGACAGUUUCGGAUUCGUCCCAUACGACCGUCGGCAGUUUGGGCUCAUCCAAGAGUUCGAACACGACAAAGCGGAAGAAAAGGACGAGCUGGCUCGGUAGCGUUUGGAGUGGUUUUGGGGGUAAGACGUUCGAGGAUGAGGACACCGAGGUCGAGGUCGAGCCAGAGUGGGCGGACGAAUUACGCGACGAAGACGAAGGAACACCCAAACCCAGACUUUCUCUCGAUACCCUGAUGGGUCCUAUGCUGUGGCAAUCGUCGAAUGCGAGUGCUGGGGGCCGACUCGAGGUCCCUUCACGCGCUGACGCCGACCAAGCCUCGAUCACCGAUGACGAAGGGUCCGACGACGUCCACACACGCGAGGACGACACGGAGCAAGGUCAGGUCCUUCAAGCUGAUGUCGUCCAACUGACUCGGUUGGAUACACCGCCGAGUCUGACCAAGAAAACGAGCGUAGGGCUGGUGCCCCCGCGGCUUUACGAGACGGCGCCAACCCCUUCCCCACCGCAGUGGAAGCGGCGAGGGUCCGCAACAAUCACGUGCAACGAGGACGAAGAGGACCAAGCUCUCGUGUUUGGCACGUUCCUUGGAUCGCCGUUGAGACUGAGAUCAUGGAAUACGAGGGCUCAAUUUGAAUGCGACAAUGACGACGAUGACGACAUUCAAGAGGACGUUGACGAUGAUGCCGAAUCCGAAGUGGAGCGACCGACCCUGCCACCCUUGACGCCGACGUACUUGCCCGACGACCCCACCGCACUCCCUUUCCCGACGUCUUGUACCUCGACAUACCUCUCAUCCUACCUGUCUUCCAUCUCUCACCAUCCUCAUACGCCCCCAUCCAUUCCUCGAGUCGAAUCCGAUCCACCACUCCUACAACACCUUCGCCCUCUCACGCCGAGUCACUGGAACCGUCGCGCCACACCCGAUAAGAUCCUCAGGACCAAGAACAGCGAGAGUAGCCUCUUCACAUGGGACUUGAAGAACCUUCCGGCGCCGCAUACACCGAGGGAACAGGCGAUGGGUUUGAGGGUCGGGUGGAGGGAUUUGAUCACCCCGAGCUUUGGACUCGAAGGUAAGGCCAAGAGUGGUGUGAAGGGGAAGAAGGGGAGGGGGAAAUGGGGAGUUGUUGAUGGGCCGAUUGAAAGAAGUGCGUCGAGGAAUACGACACGCUCUGCGCUCGCUAGGGUCGAGGAGAACGACGAGGACAAGCGAGAUGACGCGAGUACGAUGUGGGGACAGGGCGGGACGGGGGACCGAUCGGCGAGCAGGAUGAGCUAUGCGACUGGGUACAGUGGGAGGAGUAAGGCCUCGUCAAGAUGGAGUUUUUUGGGUCGUCAUGGGGGCUCGCAAAGUUGGGAAGAGAACGGGGGCGAAGGCUUUGCGAAGAAAUUUAAAAGGAGAAAUCUGAGCUUGUUGCGAUUGGGCAGGGAUACCAAACUGCCGAAGGAGGAUGAGCGGCUGCAGAGUUGGGUCGCUGUUGUGGUUGGGUAG